AUGUAUUCCUUGAACAUAGUCAUACCUGUGACUUCCUAUGCUAAAAAAGGAGAGGUUCUCGUGUGUCUAUCGCUACAAAACAAUUUCCAGUUUCGUUUAUUGUUCAUCAAUUUAUAAAUUGAUAUCAGUUCUAAAUUAAGUAAAAUUCAUUACCGUACAUCAUGAGUUCCGAGACUCCUGAUAACGAGAAUAAUAUGGAAUUGAGUGAAGAUAAAAAAUCCUAUGGUGGUAUUCCGGAAGCUGCAUUUGUGGAAGACGUAGAUGCGUUUAUGGCUUUGCCAGAAAAUGAAGGAUCGGUAUUCAAAGUUUUGAAAAAACUUGAUGAAAAUCACAGCAAGUAUAAAUUCAUGGAAUACAAUUUGGCCAGCAAGAGAAGAAGGUUGAGAACUCAAAUUCCUGAUCUGGAAAGAUCUUUGGAAAUGAUAGAUAAGCUACUGAUGGAAAAAGACACCGGCAAAGAUUUGGAAACUCAAUUUUUGCUCUCAGAACAAGUUUUUGCAAAAGCCGUUGUGCCACCCACGGACAAAGUAUGUUUGUGGUUGGGGGCUAAUGUUAUGUUGGAAUAUGACCUGAAAGAGGCGCAAGAAUUACUUGAAAAAAAUAUCGAAGCCGCCAAGAAAAAUCUGAGCCACGUAGAACACGAUUUGGACUUUGUUAGAGAUCAAUUCACCACUACUGAGGUCAAUAUGGCUAGAGUUUACAACUGGGAUGUAAAGCGUGGACAGACGACUCAAAAAUAAACUAAAAAUUGAGGCGAAUUAAAAUUUAUCAAAAUAUAAUUCACUAUUAUUGCAUUUUAUUGUAUACUGUUUCGUUGAUUUAUUCACUGCUUGGUUAUACUGAUGCGUAGGACGAAUAACUCUGGAUACCACAACUUUUUCAUAUUAAAGAAAAAAAAACACAAGAACAUA